AUGAACUUUAUCCCAGUCGACAUUCCACUCCUGACGAUCUUCCUUAUGACAACCGGGGGCUCAGCUGACGGGAGCCUUCCCAAAGCUCCACAGAUCACCAGUCCCUUGGAGACAGUGGAUGCACUGGUUGAGGAAGAAGCCUCUUUCCUGUGUGUGGUGGAUUCGUACCCGGCAGCCGAGAUAACUUGGACCCGUAAUAAUAUUCCCAUAAGACCCUUUGACACCCGCUACAGUACAAAAGAAAAUGGCCAGAUAUUAACCAUCCUCAGUGUUGAAGAUACAGAUAACGGAGUGUACUGCUGCACUGCUAACAACGGCGUAGGGAGCUCUGCUCAAAGCUGUGGUGCUCUCCAGGUGAAAAUGAAGCCAAAAAUCAUUCGGCCACCGACUGAUGUCAGAGCUUUGCUGGGAUCAAAGGUCGUGUUACCUUGCAGUACCAUGGGGAAUCCAAAACCAGCCAUUUCAUGGAUCAAGGAUGAAAAUGCACUGAAAAAGGACCAGCCUCGAACUUCUGUCCUUGAGUCUGGGAACUUAAGAAUUCGCAGUGUUCAGCUUGAAGAUGCAGGAAGGUAUCGGUGUUUGGCAAGAAAUAGCCUGGGCUUCGAGUAUUCCAGAUCCGUGACUCUGGAAGUACAGGUCCCUGCAAGAAUUGUGAAGGCACCCACAUCACAAAAUGUCAGCUUUGGUUCCGAAGUGACUCUACAGUGCAAAGCCACCGGGUUUCCGAUUCCCACCAUCAAGUGGUUGGAGAAUGGGAGAGCAGUCCCCAAGGGAUCGAUGCAGAAUCGUAUCAAGGGAGAGAUGAUGGAGUCUAGGCUGUGGGUCUAUGUUACCAGACCUUCACUGUUCACUUGCUUGACCACCAACAAACACACUGAAGGAAGUACCACAGCAAAAGCCACUGCUACAGUGGAUAUCAUAGAAUGGAGAUUGUACAAAGGUGACUUGGGCUAUUGCAGCACAUACCGUGGUGAGGUAUGUCAAGGUCUCCUGGGAAAGGGCAAGCUGGUUUUCUUCAACUCUUCUUACGCAGAUGCCGAGGGCACUCAAGAGAUGAUGGCCAGGAGCACAUGGACAGAGUUGGAUGGUGUGAGCUUGCUGUGCAAACCAGCCGCUGAGUCAUUACUCUGCCACUUCACUUACCAGGACUGUAAUCCUUCAGGGCUGGGACCUACUCCCAAACCUGUGUGCCGUGAGCACUGUCUGGCAGUGAAAGAACUUUAUUGUUACAAAGAAUGGCUCUCGAUGGAGGACAAUUCACGCAAAGGAGUUUACUCUGCUGGUCUGAAUCUACCAGACUGCCAGAGGCUUCCCAGUAUACACCAUGACCCAGAAGCAUGCACUAGAGUCUCCUUUCUUGACAUGAAGAAAGGGCUCAUUACCAGAAUGUGUUACAGUAAUAAUGGGAGGUUUUACCAGGGAUCAGUGAACAUCACAGCAUCGGGCAUUCCCUGUCAGAAGUGGAGCGAGCAGGUUCCCCAUUUCCAUAGACGCCUGCCGGAGGUAUUUCCUGAACUAGCAAAUUCUGACAACUUCUGCCGUAACCCAGGAGGUGAGAGUGAACGACCUUGGUGUUAUACCAUGAACCGAGACAUCCGGUGGGAAUUUUGCAAUGUGCCUCUAUGUAUCAAUGUUACCUCAGCAGCAGGAGUGAAGCCUAAAACAGACACAGCAAACACGCCCAGCACUUCUGCCACCUACUCAAUGACCAUCAUCAUUUCCAUAAUCUCAAGCCUUGCAGCCUCCAUCCUGUUGAUAGUUAUAAUUCUCACUUGCCACCGUCACCAGAAGGAAUGGCAGACUAGAAAGAGUUACAGAGGAACUGAGACCCCAACUCUGGCAGCCCUUCCUUCAGAGCUACUUCUGGACAGACUUCACCCCAACCCAAUGUACCAGCGCCUGCCUCUUCUUCUCAAUGCUAAGCUACUGAGCCUUGAAUAUCCAAGGAAUAACAUAGAAUAUGUGCGGGAUAUUGGAGAGGGAGCCUUCGGACGAGUGUUCCAAGCGAGAGCCCCUCAUCUGCUGCAGCACGAGACCUCGACCAUGGUGGCCGUGAAGAUGCUGAAAGAAGAAGCUUCACCUGACAUGCAAGCAGACUUCCAGAGAGAGGCAGCCCUCAUGGCAGAGUUCGACCACCCAAACAUCGUCAAGCUAUUAGGAGUGUGCGCGGUUGGAAAGCCCAUGUGCCUGCUGUUCGAGUACAUGGCGCACGGCGACCUGAACGAGUACCUGAGGAGGCGGUCGCCCGUCACCGCCCGCGCCCGGGGCCGCGCCAGCUUCGCCGAGUGGAGCGCGGCCGCGGGCAGGGACCUGACGCCCCUCAGCUGUGCCGACCAGCUGAACAUCGCUAAGCAGAUCUCAGCGGGCAUGACCUACCUGUCGGAGCGCAAGUUUGUUCACCGGGACCUGGCCACCCGUAACUGCCUGGUUGGGGAGAACCUGGUGGUGAAGAUUGCCGACUUCGGUCUCUCCAGGAACAUCUACUCUGCGGACUAUUACAAGGCCAAUGAGAAUGACGCCAUCCCUAUCAGGUGGAUGCCUCCCGAAUCCAUAUUCUUCAACCGUUACACCACUGAAUCCGACGUCUGGGCCUACGGCGUGGUCCUUUGGGAAAUCUUCUCAUCCGGCAUGCAGCCAUACUAUGGGAUGGCCCACGAGGAGGUGAUUUACUACGUCCGAGACGGGAACAUCCUGUCCUGCCCCGAGAACUGCCCACCGGAGCUGUACAACUUGAUGCGCCUCUGCUGGAGUAACAUGCCCUCGGACAGACCGAGUUUCGCCAGCAUCCAUCGCAUCCUGGAGCGCAUGCAUGAGAGGAUGGCAGCCGCACUCCCGGUCUGAUUCGCCCCCUGCCUCUGUACUGGCCUUCCCCGCGAGGUUGGCGAGGGUUGUGGCAGCUGCCCUGACUUUGGACAGCGGGAGUACACACCAAUGCCAACCAGACACUCAAAUACUCUGACCCCGCAGUCUCCAUUUCGCCAGUUCGGGCCCCACACUGUAGUCUGAGACACUCAAGUUCAAGCUGCAUUUUACAGAUACCGUCCCUCCCAUUCUUGGUUCUUGAACCUGUUUCGCGAUUAUUGUAGGACUUCCAUUUAAUUAUCUAUGAUGACAUUUUAUGAGGGGCUUCAAUAACGAAGGAAGGGAGAACUGUCCCCAGUGACGGUACACUUGGUAAUCAGAGGACCCUAAUUUAAAAUACUUGGCAAAAGAAAGAUCAGGGGCUAAAACUGUGAAUUUGUUUGGGCAGCAGGUUGUUCCAACCAACUUGAAAGGGACUUUCAAAAGGGAGUUAGAAAUGUACAAGACAGGACAUCACUUGGGUUCUGGCGAAGGAGAAGUGAGCUCUUUCAAAGCUGUCACAGCCACGAUGGGCUGAAUGGUCUCCUGUAUUGUCAGAUUCUGUUACCAAGGCUGAAUUUAUCACCAAGUGGAA